AUGGAUCUCCUUUGCCUACCUAAUGAACUUCUUCUCUCCAUCGCCAGUCAUUUGGCCUGGCAAAGAGACAUCCACCGAUUUGCACAAACCAACUCCCGUAUCUACAACCUGCUCGAUCGCUACCUCUACAAAUACAAUGUGGAGAGAGAUCACAGCUCCGCGCUGUUGUGGGGAGCCGAACAUGGACGCGAGGCCACCGUCCGGAAGGCAUUGAUGGAAGGAGCCAACAUCCACGCUCGAUCAGAAGGAAAUCGAACCCCCCUCUCGUGGGCUGCAGCAAAUGGCCACGAAGCCAUCGUCACACUUCUUCUCUCACAAAAGGGCAUCUAUCCAGACCUACCCACCUACGGCGGGGAGACACCACUGGUCCUAGCAGCAUGGCACGGCCACGACCAGGUGGUCCGGCUUCUGCUGGCCACCCCGGGCGUCAACCCCAACUUUCGAACCGCACGUGAUGAGACGCCCCUGUCGCUGGCCACCUACAGGGGGCAUACCGGGGUGGUCAAGCAACUGCUCGACACCGGAUGCGUGGAUCCGUACAUGCAAAACUUCAGAGGCGAAACGCCAUUGACGCUGGCGGCGGGGACGGGGAAACAAGAUUUGAUGAAGAUGCUACUUGAUCUCCACAGUCCAGAUUUGAGUCAUGUCUCAAAUGUGGCGACCCAGAAGAUCAUUCUAUGCUAA